GGGCCAUGACGAUGACUGUGCCACCAGCCAGCUCGGAAGCCCAGAUGGUGCAGUCCUUGGGCUUUGUCAUCUACCGAGCGCUGGACUGGGGUCUGGACGAGAGUGAGGAGCGCGAGCUCAGCCCACAGCUGGAGCAGCUCAUCGACCUCAUGGCCAACAGCGACUGCGAGGACGGCAGCUGCGCUGCGGACGAGGGCUACGGGGGCCCUGAGGAGGAGGAGGCCGAGGGCGGCCCCCGCGUGGUGCGCACCUUCGCCCAGGCCAUGCGGCUGUGCGCGGCGCGUCUGACCAACCCCCGCGGUGCUCAGGCCCACUACCAGGCCGUGUGCCGCGCCCUGUUUGUGGAGACCCUGGAGCUGCGAGCCUUCCUGGCCAGGGUCCGCGAGGCCAAAGAGAUGCUGCAGAAGCUCCGGGAGGAUGAGCCCUGCGUGGAGAAGCCGCUGGCCGAGCUCGACACCCUGGGCCGCACAGACUGGGCCCGGCUGUGGGUCCAGCUCAUGCGGGAGCUCCGGCAUGGGGUGAAGCUCAGGAAGGUGCAGGAGCAGGAGUUCAACCCCCUCCCCACCGAGUUCCAGCUCACGCCCUUCGAGAUGUUGAUGCAGGACAUCCGGGCCCGGAACUACAAGCUGCGCAAGGUCAUGGUCGAUGGGGAUAUCCCCCCCCGGGUGAAGAAGGAUGCACACGAGCUCAUUCUGGACUUCAUCCGCUCCCGGCCUCCGCUGAAGCAGGUCUCAGAGAGGCGGCUUCGCCCAUUACCACAGAAGCAGAGGACACUGCAUGAGAAGAUUCUGGAAGAAAUCAAGCAGGAGCGGACGCUGCGCCCGGUGGGGGGCCAGCACUGGGGCUCUCGUGGGUUUGGCUCUCUGCCCUGCAUCCUUCAUGCUUGCUCUGGGGACGUCACGUCCAGUUCCUGUAUCAAUUUGUCUGUCCCGGGAGCCAGCAGCAGCACGCAGCGCCCACGGCCCCGGGUCCUGCUCAAGGCCCCCACCUUGGCGGAAAUGGAGGAGAUGACCACGUCCGAGGAGGAAGAGUCUCCAUGCGGGGAGGUGACCCUGAAGCGGGAUCGGUCCUUCUCGGAGCACGACCUGGCCUUGCUGCGCGGUGAGGUGACCUCGGGCCUGCCGCCAGGCCCUCAGCCCCCAGGACGGAUGGAGCCCACCCGGCCCCGAGCAGGCAGUGUGAACACAUGGAGGCCCAGCUCCCGAGACCAGGGCUCCUGCCCAGUGAGCGUCCGGCCCCAGCCUGACCCCAGCUCCCUGCCCCUCAGCAGCCCGGGCUCCACAGAGGACAGACAGGAGGCCUGCAAGGCCCCAGAUGCUAAGCACCUGUGGCUGGAGUUCCGUCACCCCGUGGAGAGCCUGGCUCUGACUGUGGAGGAGGUGAUGGACGUGCGGCGCGUGCUGGUCAAGGCUGAGAUGGAGAAGCUCCUGCAGAACAAGGAGCUCCUUGGCAGUCUGAAGAAGGGGAAGAUUUGCUGCUGCUGCCAAGCCAAGUUCCCGCUGUUCUCUUGGCCGCCCACCUGCCUCUUCUGCAAGAGAGCUGUCUGCACUUCCUGCAGCGUAAAGAUGAAGAUGCCUUCUAAGAAGUUCGCUCACAUACCUGUCUACACUCUGGGAUUGGAAAGUCCUCCGAAGGUGUCAGCUGCCAAAACCACGCCGACACGGAGAAGAGACGUCUUCCAACCCCUACAGGGGCCGCGGUGGCCGAGUGUGGAGGAGGAGUUCCCCCACGUCUACGCACACGGCUGCACCCCGAAGGACGGCUUCUCCGCACACGGCUGCACCCUGAAGGACGUCUGUAGCGACUGCACCAGCUUCGUGGCCGACGUUGUGCGCUCCAGCCGCAGAAGUGUGGACGUCCUCAACACCACGCCACGCCGCAGCCGCCAGACCCAGUCUCUCUACCUCCCCGACACCAGGACUCUUGACUUCAAGUGAGGGCCCAGGAGGGCCGGGCUGGGUCCUGCAGGAGCUGACACUUCUGGUCCCAGAGCACAGCCAGUCCCCCUUCCACGCUGUGCAUGUACAUGUAUACAGAUACAGAUAUCCUUGUAUAAGA